AUGGGUAUGGAGGAUACGCAACGGUAUAUCUCAUUGCUAACGAUGUGUGAUGAAGAUGACGAUGAGGUCAUGGUGUUUGAAUGCGGUGCUUCACUAGCUGCUAAUGCAUUUCUGAACUUUGAGGAAAUUCGUCGUGCGGGAAAACUUUGCGAUGUGGUACUUGUUGUUGAUAAUGUCAGAUUUAGCGCUCAUCGUAUUGUUCUAGCUGCAACAAUUCCCUAUUUCCGGGCAAUGUUUACAGCUGAUAUGGCUGAAAGUCAACAAGAAGAGAUUCAUUUGAAAGGGCAAAGAGCUCUCGAAAAGAGCAGAUUACGUAAGAAUGGGUUUCUCUCGUCGCUAAAUGUUCUGAAACAAGGUUUGGAAACUCAGUGUUUGGAUCUAGAUUUCGAACCGGAUACAUUGGAGCAAUUGAUUGCUUUCUCAUAUACGGGAAGCAUAAGGAUAACCGCUGCAAACGUGCAGAGCAUGAUGCAUGCGGCAAAUUUCUUGCAGUUGAAUGGAAUCGUGGAUGAAUGUUCCAAGUUUUUAAAAUGCAGGUUACAUGCACAAAAUGUUCUCGGUAUACGAUCUUUUGCUAUGGCUCUUGGAUGUGUAUCACUCGUCCUUUCGGCAGAUUGUUUUCUGCACAAACAUUUUCUAUCAGUAUCGCAAGGUGAAGAGUAUUUGGCUUUAUCAGUAGAUGAUUUGGCAACAAUAUUAAACAGAGAUGAAUUAUUUGUUGAAAGCGAAGAGCAAAUAUUUGAUGCCUGCAUGCGAUGGGUCCAACAUAAUCCUGAAAGAAAGCAAUACUUACCGAGGGUACUUACAUGCGUGAGAAUGCCAUUACUGAAACCUCAUUUCAUUACCGAUCACGUGGCAUCUCAUCCAUUUAUUCGUGAAUGCCUUGACUGUCGUGAUUUAAUUGAUGAAGCAAAAGAUUACCAUCUUAUGCCAGAACGAAGAAAAUUCCUAAAAAAAUUCAGGACAAAGCAGAGAUGUUGCUUUGAUGUUCCUGGAUUGAUCUUCGCGGUUGGUGGUUUGACGAAUGCCGGUGAUUCUCUGUCAACUGUUGAGAUGUAUGACCCAAUGAUUGGUAAAUGGACAUCGGCGCAGCCAAUGAAUUCAAUUCGAUCACGAGUGGGUGUUGCUGUAAUGAAUCGUAUGCUGUAUGCCAUUGGCGGUUUCAAUGGCCAUGACCGUCUACGCACCGUCGAAGUCUUUGAUCCGGAUCAGAAUAAAUGGGCUGAGGUAAGUUCAUUGAUUAAUAAACGUUCUGCUCUUGGAGCAGCUGUAGUCAAUGAUCGCUUAUAUGUAUGCGGUGGUUAUGAUGGAAUUAGUUCACUUGCAUCUGUUGAAGUUUUUAAUCCUUGUACAAAUCGAUGGACUCUGACUACUGCAAUGAAUAAGCAAAGAUCUGCUGCUGGUAUAGCUGUUAUCGACAAUUACAUUUAUGUGAUAGGUGGACACGAUGGAAUGUCAAUAUUCAACUCUGUUGAACGUUUUAAUGUCGAUAGUGGUGAAUGGCAAGUAGUAAAAUCAAUGAAUACGAAGCGGUGUCGUCUGGGAGCCGCAGCUGUUCGAGGAAAAAUUUACGUUUGUGGCGGCUAUGAUGGAUGUCAAUUUCUGAAAAGCGUUGAAGUGUAUGAACCAGAGAAGGACGAGUGGAGCCCACUAUCACCAAUGCAUUUAAAAAGAAGUCGAGUGUCACUGAUUUCCAAUGCCGGUGUUCUUUAUGCUAUCGCUGGUUAUGACGGCAUUUCGAAUUUAAGUUCCAUGGAGACCUAUAACAUUGAAGAGGACAGGUGGACAUUGGCAACAAGUAUGGUAGCUCACGAAGGUGGUGUUGGUAUCGGCGUAAUACCAUUCCAGCCUAAUAAAAUAUCAUAG